AUGUCUCUGCUACCAUACUUGUUCGACGAUUUCUCAAUGAGACCACGUCCACGUCGCCUCAUUGACCAGCAUUUCGGCUUGGGAUUGACACCUGAUGAUCUCCUCACCGUUGGGGCCAAUCCUUUACUGACGAGAGAGUACUACAGACCUUGGCGUCACAUGGCUGCAGCAGCCCGGGACUUGGGUUCCAGCAUCAAGUCUGAUUCCGACAAAGUCCAGAUUAAUUUGGACGUUCAACACUUUUCGCCUGAAGAAAUCUCUGUGAAAACCGCCAAUGGCUUCGUUAUAGUUGAAGGAAAGCAUGAAGAAAAGCAGGAUCAACAUGGAUACGUUUCCCGCCAAUUUGUGAGGAGAUAUGCGUUACCUGAAGGUACAUUACCAGAAACCGUAGAAUCUAAAUUGUCUUCUGAUGGUGUUUUAACUAUCACCGCGCCGAAGAAAGUUCCAGAUUCUGUGAAGGGUGAAAGGAAGGUUCCCAUCACCCAGACCGGGCCAGUUCGUAAGGAAAUCAAGGAUCAGAACGAAGGAACAAGUGAUAAGCCACAG